AUGGCACUCCCUUUGGGCACCCAGUCUAACCAUUGUGUGGAAGCUAGCGCUGCCCAUAUUGGGUUACACAUGGCUAAAAGAGAAGGCUUUACUAAAGUCUGGUUGGAGUCUGACUCGCUAAACAUUGUUAAUUGUCUGAGUGGACGCAUGGAUCCUAGCUGGAUGACAGCUAACCUAAUCAAGGAUUGCCAAGAUAUAAUAAAUGAGCUGGUAGAUUUCAAAAUCUCGCACCUAUACCAAGAAGGCAACAAGGUGGCAGAUCUACUGCCCAAUCUGGCGGUAGGAUAUGCGGUGACUAAAUGGUGGAGUAGUAGUGAUGCAUUCCCCCCAAAAUUGUGCGAGCUAGCCCCUGAUGAUUACUACAUUAAGCAACGAUCUUUCAUCAUGAUUUGA